UACUCAACUCUUAAGAUGCUUCAACCAAAUUCUAUUUCAUUUGAAAGAAUACAAUCGGUUGAUAAAGAUGCAAGGCAAAAAUAUCGAAGAGAAAUCGAAGAAUUACGAGCAAAAUUAUCCAAAACACUUAAAAAAUAUCCAUCUUACAAUACCGAUUACUCAUUAUUAAGGUGGCUACGCGGUUAUAACUAUGAUAUAGAUUUAUCUGCAAAAAAAAUGGCUUGGGCGUUAAAUACUUUGAAUGCAGUUGGUGCUUUUAACCAAGACUUUAGUAGCAUUGAAAAAAUUCAUGAAGCGGUCCGAGCUGUCACUCCCAUCGCGGAAUAUUUUCCAGGUGGACUGCUUGGUAUUGAAAAAAACGGAUAUUUGUUAAAUAUACAUAAUAUUGGACUUGCAAGUCCUGGAUCUCUGAUUGGAGCAGGAAGAGUUUCAGAGUUUUAUAUUGCUGCAAUAUAUGAUUGUGAAGGGAGUCAGCAUCUUAUAAGAGCAGAAGAGGCAAGACGAGAUCAGAAAUUAGGUGUUAUAAUGAUAAUUGACAUGAAAGGUUUUUCAUAUGAUGUACUUUUUCAUAUACCAGCUACAAGAAUUUAUAUAAAUAUGCUUUUACUUAUUCAGUCUUUAUUUCCUGAUACAGCCAAAAGGCUUUACAUUGUGAAUGCUUCUUUCGCCAUGAAUAUACUUUAUCAAAUGGUAAGAAUGGCUCUCGCGAAGGAAACAGUCGAAAAUUUUCAAGUACUCGGCAGCAACUGGAAAGAAAUUUUGGCGGAAAGGCAUGGUGCAGAAAAUUUACCGAUGAGUUGUGGUGGCACUAAAAAUGACGAUUUAUUGCGCAAAGGAGGCGAAAUACCAAGUUCAGUCAAAUCUAAAAUAAAAACAAUGCAUAUUUCAAUGGAUAAUUUGUUGAAAAUUACGAUAUCUGCUCGAAGCGAGCUAAGAAUUCCAUUUGAAGUAAAAGAAGAUCAAUCAAAAAUUUGUUGGUAUUUCACCUGUUCUUCUGGUGACAUCGAUUUUGCGAUACUUCACAAUGGUGAAGAGGUAUGGCCAUGUUUUAGAAUCAAUACAGACUGGUCACCAGAGUUUGGUGAAAUAAUCUGCGCUAAUGCAGGUGUCUACGAAUUAUAUUUCUCCAAUAAACAUGGACUAAUAUGGGGCAAACAAAUACAGUAUAUGGUGAAAAUCAAUGAAGAUUUGAAUAAAUAUUGCACUAGUAUUAAAUUUUGA